UUCAUCAUCACCCAAUCCAUCAUGUCUGACGACGAGAACGACCUGUUCGGAGGAGACGACGCCCAGGCGCCAGUUGUCGCCCCUUCGCCCGGCGCCGAGAGCUCAAAAAGUGUCCAGAAGGAGGAUGUCGACGACGAGGACCAGGACCAGGAUCAGGCCAACGACCUGUUUGGAGAUGACGAUGACGACGACGAGCGCCGGCCACCACGGUCCCGCUCGACAACGCCCGCACGCUCCGACCGCUCGGGAUCGCGCAACCCGCUCGAGUAUGCCGAGGAGGAUGCCGACGUCGAGGAUGUCGAGGAGACGUGGGGAACCGUCGCGGUGCCGACCUGGCCUAGGCUGCAGCCGAGCGAUGGCAAGGCGUGGCACCUCAAGCUCCCGGCGUAUGUCAACAUCGAGUCGCGGCCAUAUGAGCCAGAGUUCUACCGCGAGACGAUCGACCACGACGACGACCCGCAGGACAACAUUGCGGCCAAGGGCAAGAUGAUUGGCGUGCGCAACACGAUCCGCUGGCGCUGGGUGACGGGCGGGGACGGCAAGCGGGUGCGCGAGAGCAACGCGCGCAUGCUGCGUUGGAGCGACGGAAGCGUGUCGCUGCAGCUCGGCAACGACUUGUUCGACCUGGCAACCAGCUACGGCACGACACUGGCCCGGCCGCAGGACCCGUCGAGCUCUAAAGCCGAGCAAACUUCGGGCUCGACAGAGACGACGUUCCUCUGCGUCGAAGCGUCCGAGGAGAGAGUGCUGGUGACGGAGCGUGCGAUUGCCGGCCAGCUCAGCCUUGUCCCCACGUCGAUGGACUCAAAGACGCACCGCGAGCUCGUGAGACACGUCGGUGCGCAGCACACCAAGCACUCGCGCGUCAAGAUCCUCAACGACUUGAAGGACCAGGACAAGGUCAACGAGCUGCUGCUUCGUGCGGGACCGCAGAAGCAGGUGGUGACGAAGCGCCCGUCGCGACCACGCAACUCGCAGGGCGGCCCCGGUGGACGCAACCGCCGGCCUGUCAAGCGCGGGAGCGAGGAUGAGGACGACUACGGGUACGACAGCGACGACCGGCGCGCGCGGCGGCGCGAGGCGGCGCGGGACCGCGAGAUGCAGGACUACGACGAGGACGACGGGUUUGUCGUCGCCGACUCGGACGAAGACAGCGACGCGUACGGCUCGAGCAAGAAGAAGAAGAAAAAGAAGGGCAGCAAGAAGCGCGGAUACUCUGACGACGACCUCGACGAGACCGAGCUCGCCGACAGACGUAUCGAGGCGGCUGAGCGGGCCGAGCGCGAGAAGAAGCGCCCCAAGACUGGCGACGCGGGCAGCAGCAAGAAGAAGAGCAAGAGCAAGGAGUACGUUACGUCGGAUGAGGAGGAGGAGGAGGAUGCCGAGGGCGAGCCGGAGGACGAGGACGCGGAUGGUGACGGUGACAUGGACCUGGACGUGGAGAGCGAGGAGGAGGACUAGGCGGGCGCGGCGCGGCGCCGGCGUCGCCAUCAGGCGCCGGAGCGAGCGGGGUAGCUAAGGCGAGACGACGAGAUGUGUCCGAGAACGACCAGCAUGGCAGCAUUAUUUCCAUAGAUAUCUAAAGUGUAGGUGGCGAAGAGCAAAUGUACUGCAUAGGGCGUG